AACAAUCGCAGCUCGGGGGAAUUUCCCCUCAUGAUCUGCUGAGUCUGGAUUUCCAACCGGCACCUACUCCCUCUGAGAGAUGACAGCAGCAUGUUUAUUUAACAGAGGUCACAAGUAGAACUUUUGUGGCCAACCUUACCAGAACUAAAGUCGUUUGUUCAAAAAUCCUCAAACAUAUUUGAGAACAACUGAUUUGUUGUCAAAAAGGUAUAGAACCUCAGUAUUUAGCAACAUCCAGGCUUUUAUUUUGUUAAAUGAAUCAGAAAUGCCCCAGAUUUGCUUUUUGCGUUGAAGAAAUAAAAAGUAUUUGGUGACUUUGGAACCAAUCCGAAAAUGGACGAAUCUGUGACAAACAGACGAUUUCCAUUUUGCAUCCGGGAAUCAAACCAGCAACCCGAAUCCUCAAUUUUUCUGAUUGUCUUCAGGAAAUUUUCUGUGCAGCUCCUCCCCCUUUCUGAGAGGCCCCACCCCCUUAUUACCCUUGGCCGUCAGUUUAGUCUUUUAAAAUCUGAUGUGUUUUUUUUUUUUAAAGAUGAGCCCAAAGUUCUGCUGAAGGUUGCAGGUUCUGUCCUGGUUUGCUGACAGGAGAACCUUGAAUUCUGAGGCGUCACUCAGAGAUCAGGAGGAUUAGCAGCAGCUGAAGAGGAUUGUCUCCGUCCUGAUGGAGCAGCGGGUGGAGCCUGACGGUUCAGCACCUUAAGAGGAUUUAGGAAACACAGACGCUCCCGCAGAAGUCCAUCAAACCUCUGAGGAUGCACAGUUCUGGAGCCGCUCUCCAUCGUUUGUGAUGCAGACACCGCUGUGAUCUUCCUGAUUAUUCUGUCAGGCUCCUCCUGGUGGAGGGCGGUGCCACCGGUCGGAUGAGGAGUGGAGCCUGCUGCUGAGGGAGGACGCGGCGUUCAGUCACAUCUUCUCUGGAGCUUCUCCUCAGCUGCUGGUCGUCGCUCAGGUUCAGGCUGUCCGUCACCAUGAACUACAGGAGGGGCAGAGUCGGCCCUGCGGGGGCAGGAGUUUGCUGCCCAGAAACCACAAGCGGGAGCAGAGAUGGCCGACAGUCUGCAGCUGCAAACACCAACAACUGCAACAACAACGAUGGAAAGAAAGACGAGAAGAAGGAGGAGAAGAAAGACGAGAAGAAAGACGAGAAAAAAGACGAGAAGAAGGAUGAGAAGAAAGACGAGAAAAAAGACGAGAAGAAGGAGGACAAGAAAGAUGAGAAGAAAGACGACAAGAAGGACGACAAGAAAGAUGCAAAAAAGGACGAAAAAAAAGAGGAGCCGAAGGAGGUGUGGAUCAUGGAUCCUGCCACAGAUCUAUACUACCACUGGCUCUCCGCUCUAGCCGUCCCAGUCUUCUACAACCUCAUGUUGCUUGUGGCGAGGGCUUGCUUCAACGAGCUGCAGUAUAACUACACAACGAUGUGGAUAGUUCUGGACUACGGCUCCGAUGUUUUCUACUACAUCGACACGUUUGUGAGAGCCAGAACGGGUUUCCUGGAGCAAGGCCUGCUUGUGAAGGACCCAAAGGUCUUGAAAGAAAAGUACAUGACCACGCUGCAGUUCAAGUUUGACGUCAUUUCACUGCUGCCGACGGACAUCGUUUUCUUCGUCAUCGGGAUCAAUAACCCGGAGUGGAGGUUCAACCGACUCUUUCGGCUACCCAGACUCUUUGAGUUCUUUGACCGCACGGAAACUCGAACCAACUUUCCAAACAUCUUCCGAAUUGCUAACCUUGUCCUCUACAUAAUCAUCAUCAUCCACUGGAAUGCCUGCCUCUACUUUGCCGUCUCCAAGGUUCUCGGCUUCGGCUCAGACACCUGGGUGUACCCGGCCUUAACUGGUCCCAAAUUUUCACGCUUGGCCAUUCAGUACAUCUACUGUUUCUACUGGUCCACACUCACCUUGACCACUAUAGGCGAGACUCCACCCCCCGUCAGAGACAUCGAAUACUUUUUUGUGGUUGCCGAUUUCCUCACGGGAGUUCUCAUCUUCGCCACGAUUGUCGGCAACGUUGGUGCCAUGAUUUCCAACAUGGGCGCCGCUCGUGUAGAGUUCCAGGCCAAGAUCGACUCCAUAAAGCAGUACAUGCAUUUUCGCAAAGUCACCAAGGACCUGGAGGCCAGAGUGGUGAAGUGGUUCGACUACCUGUGGACUGAGGAGAAGACCUGCGACGAGAAGCAAGUGCUGAAAAGCCUCCCGGACAAGCUGAAGGCUGAGAUCGCGAUAAACGUCCAUCUGGAGACUCUGAGCAAAGUGCGGAUCUUCCAGGACUGUGAAGCUGGAUUGCUCAUUGAGCUGGUCCUGAAACUUCAGCCACAGGUUUUCAGCCCCGGGGACUACAUUUGCAAAAAGGGAGAUAUCGGCCGAGAAAUGUACAUCAUAAAAGAAGGAAAGUUGGCAGUAGUGGCAGACGAUGGAGUCACCCAGUUUGUGGUCCUGAGCGACGGUGCGUACUUUGGAGAAAUCAGCAUUCUCGGAAUCAAGGGAAGUAAGGCUGGAAACCGGAGAACAGCCAACAUCCGAAGCGUUGGCUAUUCCGACCUGUUUGCUCUUUCCAAAGACGACCUGAUGGAGGCGCUAACGGAGUACCCUGAUGCCAAGUACGCCCUGGAGGACAAGGGAAGGGCCAUCCUCAUGAAAGACAACCUCAUAGACGAGUCUUUGGUGGCAGCGUGUGAUGCCAAGGACUUGGAGAACAAAGUCAACCAGAUUGAAGCCAGCGUGGAGGUGAUGACCAACAAAUUCAAGAAGCUGACGGCGCAGCACCAGUCCUCUCAGCGCAAACUAAAGCAACGGUUAAGUAACCUGUCCAACCAGGUGAGAACCCUCAGGACUGACGUGGAUUGACGACGAUCCCCUCACCUGCUGUCCGAAACAAGCUUCUUAAAGAAGCACCUUCUGUCUCAGAGGGAAUGGACACAGAUGAUCUUUGUUUUUUUCCUGAUGGUAUAAUUAAAAAGAAACAGCAUCAUCAAGGGUAAAAAAAGUCAAAUUUGACCAACUUCUGACUUUUUCUGUAAAUUUCUGAAACUUUGAAACAAUUUCUGUCAUUCCUUCAAAUGCUGAUCAAAAAA